CUAGCCCCAACCAAGAUGGUCUCCUUCUCGAGCCUUGCCGCUAGCGGCAGCAACCUACUGCGCCUACCGAGAAAUCGAACAGAGCCCACUUUGUCAACUCCCCCGGUACUUCCUGCUUUCGAUUUUGCAUCAUCCCACCACCAAUUGCCAACCGAGACCUCUCAACUCGGAAGCACCACCCCUUCUCCCUCGACAGCUGGCUUGGAUGCUAUGCCCAUGCUUACCGCUGCUCGCAACACGUCCGGUCCCUUGGCCGUUGAAAAUCAACACAUGGCCACAGAGCCCAGUUCCACACCUACAUCAUGGUCCCGCUCCAACCAACAGUCGUCGGCCCAGUCCAAAACCUCGCAGUACAUCGAUAAGAUCACAUCCGAGAACGAGAAGCUGAAGAGAGAACUGAGGGCCGAAAAGCUUAAAAACGAGGAUGAGUCGAAGCGUGUAGCAGCUGCCCGAACAAAGGCCGAGGAGUCUCGUUCCGAGCACCAGUCACUGCAAAUCCUCGUCGAUACCAACUCUAGAGCUUUGGAGAGGAAGGACCGCAAACUAGAAGAGAUGGCCGCCCAGCUGGAAACGGAAUCGAAGAGGCGCAAGGCUGCCGAAACCAGGGCUGAGGAAGCAUUGAAGAUGUUGGGCGAUACGCGAUCCGAGACACAGCGACAACUUGCUGCCGCUUACGAACAGAAGCAUCUCGCCGAGACCAACUUGCAGACCGCGAGGGAUGGCUACAAGCGUAUCACCGAUGCCUCCGACAAGAGGCUAGCCCGCCUCAAGGAAGACGUCAACGAGCUGAGGAGGGAACGCCUGGAGGAUGCGGAUAACAUCAAACGCCAUGUCAUCGUCACCGACCAGUUGCAGCACGAACUCCUUCGCCACCAACGCAGCGAGAACAAGAUGACGGACGUUCUUGCCGAGUAUAAGCGCGAACACCGCAAGGAAAUUGACAGUCUGAUCGUGGAAAUGGAGCGCCUGCAAGCCAUUGUCCCGGAGAAAGAGCGACAGGCUGAUGCGCUACUUCAGGAGCUAUUGGAAACCAGGGACAAAAUGAAGUGGGUCAUGGCACAGCGCCAGCGGACUGGUCACGACUGA